AAGAACACAGCGCCGUUUCCUGCGCGGCGCGGUAGUCACAACAAGAAAGAGGAGGAAGAGGAAAAACGACAGCAGCAGCAGCAGCAGCCAGUGUGGAUUCGUCGUCGACUCGCCUUGCGUGACAACAAGGGCAAUCGCAUUCGGACUUCGGGUUGCUCCCCCUUCGACACCAUGUCUGAAUUGUUGCGCUACAUCGACUACGACCACAAGGCGACCUUCCUGAAGAUGCUCAACCAGCAGCGCAUGGAAGGUGAGCACUGCGACGUGGUGGUGGUGGUGGAGAAUAUCGAGUUCCGGGCUCACCGCUGCGUCUUGGCGGCCUGCAGCAACUACUUCAAGAAGCUGUUCAAGAAGCAGAACGACGAGGACAACUCCAUCGUAGAGCUCGACUUCAUCCGCUCGGACAUCUUCGAGGAGGUGCUCAACUACAUGUACACGGCGCGGCUGGCCGUGCGCAAGAAGGACAUUAACAUGAUGAUGUCGUCGGGCCAGAUCCUGGGCAUCAACUUCCUGGACAACCUGUGCUCGCAGAAGCGCGAGCUGACCAACAUGAAGACGCGCGAGAACCAGGCGCCGCCCGGCGAUCACGGCCUGCGCGCGCAGGACGCCAUCCUCAAGGAGCUGGCCAUGGAAGAGGUGCGCAAGAACAGCUUCUACGACACCACCAUGGACGGCAUGGGCGGCGCGGGGGGCUCGCACGUGCCCCAGCCGCACGGCUACAACACGGGCCUGCCCAAGGACCCCCACGUGCACGGCUGGGGCUCGUCGUCCUCCGGCGACAUGAAGCUGGAGUACCUGCUGUACGGCCACCGCGACCACGGCUCGCUCCCCGGCGCCGGGGCCAAGCCGCUGGAGCACGGCGCCAAGAAGGAGCGGCUGCUCACCGCCAACCGGCCGUACGGGUGUGAGCACUGCCCCAAGGCCUUCACCACCGCCGCCCACCUCAAGGAGCACCUGAAGAUCCACUCGGGCUUCAAGCCCCACCGCUGCGUGGUGUGCGGCAAGGCCUUCAUCCGCGGGCCCGACCUGAAGCGGCACGAGCGCGUGCACAGCAACGAGCGGCCCUUCGCCUGCCAGCUGUGCGAGAAGGCCUUCAAGCACAAGUCGCACCUGAAGGACCACGAGCGGCAGCACCGCGGCGAGCGGCCGUUCAACUGCGGCUCCUGCGACAAGGCCUUCAUCAAGGCUUCGGACCUCAAGCGCCACUGGAACACCAUGCAUAGCGGCAACCCGCGCCGCCAGAUGUCGCUGUCGCCCGCCGCCUCGCAGCACACCACCGACGACCAACGGGACUGGAAACUGGAAGCGGCCGCGGCCGCGGCGGCGGCAGCGCACUCGCACAACUCCGACUGCUGAGACUGGUGCGCGUGUGUGUGUGCGCGUUUAAAAAAAAAAAAAAAAAAAAAGCCCAGGUCCGCCAGUCGCGAAAGACUCUUCUUUGUUUCCACGUGUAAAAUCAAUGUUUAGUUCUCUCACAAAUCAUUGUUGGAUGUACGGUCUCAUUAUUACUUUUGUUGGUGUCACGAUUGCCAAGGCGAGCUUAAUGAAAACAUAUUUUAUAAAUAUAUAUGCACACGCUCAGAGUUUAACCCUCCUGUUGUGUCAUCAUGCCCACGCGACAUGAAACCCCUCCGCAUUUUCGAUUUCUUUGAUUUUUUUUUUUUUUUUAUAAUUUGAAGGUAAAACAAGCACCAUCAAAAUUUGCAUGGAUUUUUUUCAUUUUAUUUUAUGCAAGUGGAUACGAAGCACAGGUGUCAAACUCGAGGCCCUGGGGGCCAGAUCUGGCCCACCAAAUGAUUUUUUUUUUUUUUUUUUUGUGCCUCACAAAGAAACUUCAAACUGUCAUAAAUGCUGAGCUAUUGCAAUUAUUUUUGUCACCAAACAUUAACAAUAGUUCAUGUUAAUGUUGAUUUCUGAUUCUAAAACUAGUUCAUAAAUUUCAUUUGUAAAUAUGAUGAGGCGGUUAAUAACGGCCCUCUGAGGGGAUCCCUAACUACCAUGUGGCUUGUGAUUAAAAACGAGUUUGACACCCCUGAUAUAAAGUUAACACACCCCUGUUCAAAUGUCAAUUUUUUGUGAUGUAAAAAAAAAUAACACAGCAUUUUAAAACAUUUGUAAUAUUAAUGACAAGAAAAGCAUCCUGGAAAAUCUGAACCUUCUUUACAGUUAACGUGAUCAGUUUAAAUGGUGCCAUCUGUGUCCUCAUGUCACUUUCACAGUAAAUUUGAAUGGGAUUGGUUAUUUUUAAACACUUCUCAAGAGGGUGUGAAGACUUCUGCAACUACAUUAUCUGAAUUAUUUUUACUUUCAUUUUUUGUUUGGUUAUACGUUAUGGCACAGUAAUGGAAAGUGUUUUGAAAUGGUUUGGCUUGACCUUUUGACAUUUGUGCAGGGGACGUUUAGACUUAAUUUUCAUCCACUUGUAUGAAUUUAAUUUGAACUGUCAAAAAAUAUGUAUUCAUUUUUGAGCAGCUCAUUGAAACAAUCUUUAGAAAGUAUGAUAGUGUUGUGUAUUUUUGAGAAAUGGGACUCAUUGAACAGAAUAUUUUUUUUUAGAAAAGGAAAAACAAGGCCAGUAAAGUACAUUUACUCAUUUUAUUAUUUUUUUUUUACUCCAUAUUUUCAAUGAUUAAUAUGAGUGACAACACAACGGGAGGAUUGAAACACUUGUCAGGUGUCAUUACUAAAAGUUUUCUAACAUUGGGCUCAAACUGCACAAAAAGUUGAAACUACUUCCGAUUGGGGGUGGAGUCACUCUUCUCGCCCCGCCCCCGUCUACCGCGGAGCCAACGGCUUGUUUUGCGCGGCUAGUGCGACUAGCUAGCCUGGCCUGGAACAUAGACAAUGAACAUGAUAUUUCUUUAAUAUCACAGAGACAUAUUUGUACACAGGCAAUGCAAAGUUCUGUUUUCCCCAUUUGUCCUUUCUAACUUUAGUUGCGUAUAUUCACGUGGGUGUUUUUAAACGGACGCGUUUAUAGUCCGUAGCGAUCGGCGGCUCUGUACGAUAAAGCGAGGCGGCCGUUCCCCGCCGUCUUGUCACGCGCCGAUGACGGCGACGCGUCGGAACGCCGGCGACUAAUUUACUGUCAUACAGUAACGGGCACGCGCUCGUCAGUCUGUAUAUACUGUAGCUUAACGAUUAGCUUGCGGCACAAUUUAGAGUUCACGACAAGGAAUUAUGCACAUACGUAUAUAAAUAUAUGAAUAUUAAGAACGUUGUCCCACUCUUGACGCUUUGACAGUAAAACACCGUUUUUGAUUUGUUUUCCGUCGCCGUCGAGAGUGCACCUUUAAAUCGGCGAGGAGCGAUUUUAAGGCCGCACCCAAAAGGAAAUUCAAUCCUACCACCGUAAAAGGACACUGAAAAAAGUUGAUUAAUGAGAAAUGAGAUAUUUUACAAUAAAUUCAUAGUGUUCAUGUGAUGUGAUUUUUUUUUUCUGCAAUAAAGAGAAAAACAGCACCUUUUCAAAAAAAAACCACUUUAUUCUCAUAAUGGAUAUGAAUUUUCAGAACUAAAGAAAAAAAGUCAAUUAAAGGCAUUUGAUUUUAUUGUUGUUAUAAGACUUUCUCCGCCAAAAAAUGACUGCAUUCUUUUAACAUAACUUUUUGUUUAAAAAGAGUACUACCUUUCUCAUGAGACUUUCUUUUAAAACAAUUUUUGUAAAGUGAUGCAUUACAAACUAAUUCUCAUUGGUUUUCUUUGGCAUCACAAUAAUUUCUUGCAAAAUGCUCAAUUGUGAUAUUUCCUUUUUUUUUCCUGCCCUUUUCAGUGUGGCCUCAAGACUCCUUUAUUUUUAAUUGUGUGCUCUUGCUAUUUUUUUUUUUUUUUGGUUAAUUUAUUUUCCCAGUUAAAAAAAUAGAAGAUAAUCAGGGAGAGGGGAGGGAAAUUACAUUUCACCAAAGCUUUUACUAUAGUCUAAUGUGAUUUUUGUAUAACUCACAAGUUAAACUCAACUCACAGGAUACAAGUAUAUUUUUGUAUAUUUAAUGACCUACUGCAACACUCAUCUAAAUAUGACUCGUUUGUAUUUGGAAGUAAAACAAAAUCAACUGUCACUGUCUCCUGAAUAUGAUAUCAUAAUCUUUUGUCCUUUUAAAAUAAAAGCUCUAGCUUGUUUUGGGUGUUC